AUGAAGGGAAUAUCGCUAGACAAACCGGGCGGCGAGUACUCACUUAUCGAAACAAUCGAAAAACCUGUUCCAGGGAAAAAACAAGUGCUCGUCAAAUCUCUUGUGACGGGGUUGAAUCCAGUAGAAGGAUUCCAAUACCAAGGUUUGUUGGUGGACUCAUGGCCCAUCGUUGUCGGCUGUGACGCAUCAGGAACAGUGGUAGAAGUCGGAGAUGAAGUGACCAAAUUUAAGAAAGGAGAUGGUGCAUUUUCUUGCAGCAGACUUGGUGCCCCGGGUCGUGGCACAUUUCAAGAAUACUUGCUCCUGGACGAAGCACUUGCAUUCAAGAGACCAGCCAAUGUAAUCCCCGAGGAAGCGGCAACGAUUGGUGUCGGAUUGUUGACAGCAUCUCUAGCAUUCUUUAGUGGACUUAAGAUACCCUUUGAGCCGAGAGAGGUAAAUAGCAGUGUCGAGUGGGUACUCAUCCUCGGAGCUGCUGGAGCUGUCGGACAAUUUGCCAUCCAGCUUGCGAAACUAUGUGGCUACAAGGUUUUAGCAUUUUGCUCUCCGCAGAACAAUGAACUCAUCAAGAAGCUGGGCGCUGACUCGGUUCUAAGCCACAAGGAUCCACCAGAGGAGCAACUCAAAGGUGUAGAGUCAAUUACCAAAAGCAACUUCUCUCGUAUUUUCGACGCGAGUGCCAUGGCAGGCGAAUUCUCUAUGCAAGCACUGGCCGAAUUGGGAGAAAAGAACAAACCGAAAUAUUUCGCAACAACCAAUGAUUGGGCGCCAGUCACACCAAGAGAAGGCAUUGAUGUGUACAUAGUAGAGUUGGGUGAGAUAGGAAAGUCCGGAAAUACCAACACUGAAAGUGUGAAUGGUGAUAUCGAGAGCUUUAUUCCGAAAUUAGAAACAUUGAUUGCUAGUGGCGCUAUCAAGCCGAUGGGAUAUGAACAAGUUGGAGAUGUUGGAGUUGAAGAAGUGUUGAAAGGAUUGGAUGCUUUCAAGACUCGUAAGAGCGACGGAAAGAAGCUGAUUGUGAAGCUUGCUACUGAGUAG